AAAGCCAAAGCGCCAAAAAGGACGCCAGUCGAGGCGCAAGGGCUGCCCAACAGUCCCAAACAACAGACCGCAAACCCCCCUCCCAGCCACCGCACCGCCAGCGCCACCGACCGCCGACCAUGCAAGGGCUGGGCCCGGGCUCCUUGCUGGGCGCCGCCCGCGAAGCUGCUUAUGGAGAAAUCUCGGCCGAAGCAAGACAACUGGGCAAAGCGGAGAUCGUGGGCAUCGACACCUGGGAGCACGAGGGUGCCGACGAGUCGAAGAUGACGCCCAGGGAGCGCGCGCGCUACCGCGCGAGGAAGGGCCGACGCUUCCUGCGGGAAGCCGAUGAGGCGAGGAGCCCAGAACAGGCUGCCGCGACAAAGACGGACUUUCGGAGGCAACUCGGUCCAAGUGUACCGUCGAUAGACCCCUACGGUUCGUAUCACCUACCGCUGCAGUACGACACCGACCGCCUGCCGUACGGCGCGAGACCUGCAUCAGAUGAACCUCAUAUCGUCCUGGAGUACCGCGAGCUCAUCCCGAAACUCGACAAGCAUUGUGUGCGCUUGUUCGCCGAGGGUGGAGGUAAAAGAUACUUAGAGGAGUGCCGGAAGACCGAGGAGCAAGUGCAAGCUGAGAGAUUGCUGUUAGAUGCCGACUUGAGUGAGCGAGAAGCCAUCGAGAUCAGAGAUGAGGCAGCACUCGCGGAGGCCGUAGCCCAAGCGGCCAUGACGCAGCUCGACAGCGAGAACUACAGCGAAGCGCUCAAAAAACGUUUGGAGGAUGAACGCGGGAAAAUCGUAGACGCCUCGAGGCACGACUACACGGACAUCUACCGGUGGGACCCCGACGGUAUAGCGUUGGAGGAGGUCGAUUCUGAUGAUGGGUGGGACGAUGAUGUCGUGAUGAACAAUGCUAAUAUAUCUAAGAGUUUCAAGGUAUCAAGAUAUAACUGUCAAAUACCCGAGGACUAUCUCGAUCUCCAAAGGCAAUUUGUCGCGUUACAUCCUGGACAAUACAGACCAUUGUCUAUAGAGAGACCAGAUGGCUCACUAGUCCAACCGAACGAGAAGCACUUUGUCCACGGCGAGACGAUCGUGUUUCGGGAGUUCGGGAUCUAUAACAACGAUGGAGUGGAGAGACCAUCUAAUAAAAUACGGGCGUCCCUCGUCAUGAAGGCGCGAGCCAAAGAUGUUAUAGAAGACACCGUGGAAGCCAUGCAUGCCGUGCUGGCCGCGAAGAGGGCCGCGUCAUCAGCGACCAACGACGACCUCGAGGCCGAAAUAGCUGCGGAAGAAGAAGCGCUGCGGAAGGAGCGGGAGUUCGGCCUCGAGCUCGCGGAUGAGUUCGAGCGUUUGGAGGCGAAGAAGGCCGCGUUGGUGAGGGCGAAUGAUGAACAGAGGGCCGCCCUCGCCCAGGAAAUAGCCGCCGACGAGGAGGCGUUGCGGGAGGAGAAGGAGAGAUUAGCAGAGGCCAAAGAGGCGGAACGGCUCGCGGCGGAGCCGUUCCUCUUCGACUGGGAACGGCUCCACGCCGAGAAUUGCCGCGACGACCUUCCUCUGAGAGAUACGGUGCAGCCUCCUGUGUUGACGAGUGGUGACAAGCGCCAAGCUUCGAUCCAGACGCCGCGCACGGAAAAGGCGUGGCAGACGUCGUCUCUAGCUGCUAGGAGGGCGGGCCAGAUGCGCGCCGGGCGCUCGAAGCCGACGCCCUUCCAUCUGGGUGGGGAAGGGGGCAAUGGGCGCGGCGCGGGCCGGUGGUACGUGAGCGGGUGCGGGCGGUAA